ACCACGACGGAAUACCUUUGGUGGUCCAGAGUGGCCACCACCUCCCCCUGCCACCAUGUCGUAACAUGAUGGGCUACAACAACCAAGGGCACGGAUACAACAAAUUGUUCACGCAGAUAUUUUAUUUCAUCUAUUAUACAAGCAUGUCUAUCUGUCUGAUAUUAUUUGUGUGUGUUGUGCGUUGCAUGCAGUCAAGUCACGACGACUACGACCAAUGAAAAACUACAAGCCGCUGGGCUCGGCGGAUUCAAACUACUCGCAACCAUCCUCGGAGCUGUCGCUCGACGAAGAUAAAGAGGCUUCGCGCCGCGAAAAGGAAUCGCUGGCUCUCGUACAGCUUGAUAAGGCUCGGUCGAAACCAGUAGCGUUUGCAGUGCGGACCAACGUCGCGUAUGAUGGCACAUUGGACGACGACUCGCCCGUUCACGGCAGCGCCAUCUCGUUUGAAGUGCGCGAUUACCUUCACAUCAAGGAAAAGUACGACAACAACUGGUGGAUCGGGAGGCUCGUGAAGGAAGGCUGUGACGUCGGCUUCAUCCCGUCGCCAGUGAAGUUGGAGGCGGUGCGCACGGGGCUCACGGCGCGCGGCCGGUACCCGCGCCCGCCGUCCGCCGGCCUGCCGCCACAGCCGCUCCCCAGCCGAGGUAGCACUCCCCCCACGCCCGAUGUCCCUACCAUCGAUAGAGGUGAGGAUUCAGAUUCCGCAGGUCGUGGUCGAGGCGCAGGCGCUUUGCCCGCCAACAAGGAGAAACGGAAACCAUUCUUCAAGAAGCAGGAGGCCUGCACGCCCUACGACGUGGUACCGUCCAUGCGGCCCGUCGUGCUCGUCGGGCCAUCGCUCAAGGGCUACGAGGUCACUGAUAUGAUGCAAAAGGCGCUGUUCGACUUUCUGAAGAGACGUUUCGAGGGCAGGAUCAUCAUCACCCGAGUGACAGCGGAUAUAUCUCUGGCGAAGCGAUCCUUGCUCAAUAACCCGCCAAAGAAACCGAUUAUGGACAGAACGAAUUCGAGAACCAAUUGCUUGGUUGAAGUUCAGGUUCGGUGCUUGGGUGUGACGGAAAUCGAAAGGAUAUUCGAUUUAGCGAGGACGCUGCAGCUGGUUGUGCUGGACUGCGAUACCAUCAACCAUCCAUCUCAACUCGCGAAGACCUCACUGGCUCCUACGAUCGUCUAUCUGAAAAUAUCCAGUCCGAAGGUGUUGCAGCGGUUAAUAAAAUCACGCGGUAAAGGUCAGAGCAAGAACCUGUCGGUGCAGAUGGUGGCCGCAGAGAAGCUGUCGCAGUGUCCCCCGGAAAUGUUCGACGUCAUCCUCGACGAGAACCAGCUAGAGGAGGCCUGCGAACACAUCGCUGAGUAUUUGGAGGCGUACUGGGCGGCCACGCACCCGCCGCCGCCCGCGCCCAGCGCGCACGCGCCGCACGCGCCGCACGCGCCGCUGCCGCACGCGCACGCGCACGCGCACCACGCGCAGCCCGAACCCCCCGCUAAUUCCGGAGGAGCAAGGGAGAGGUCCGACUCUUACAGCUACGAGAGAGGAAGAGGUAGAGCGCGCGUGCAACGCCCGGAGCGACUCGAGGAGGAGGACUACUACCCGCGCGAGCACUACCAGCGCUACCCGCGAGACUACCCCCGGGAAUACCACGAGGGCUACCCGUCGGAGUACGCGCACGACCCGUACGAGCGCGAGCGCGAGGCGUACGGGCACGACUACACGCGGGAGUACGGGCGGGAGUACGCGCGCGAGGCGUACCCGCGCGAGGAGCGCGGCGCGCGCGCCCGCGAGCGCGACCCGUCGGACGAGUACGGCGCGUCGCGGCGCGCGCUCAACGCGGUGUAGCUCGCCGGCCGCGCCCUCCGCGUUGUAUCUCUACCGCCGUGUCUUACAUUCACGCUUCGAUGUAUAUUACCUUCCGGCGCCAGUGAAACUAGUGAGAGGUCGAUGCCGCGUCCAUGUAUUUUUUAGGGACGCCCGACCACAUUAGUGAAGUUUUAGUAACUGGCGUCAUCCGAUCGAGACUCCUUGAGGUCGAGCGUUUGUCGCUUCGUUUACGUAAAUUUUUGCGUCGCCACUUUUUGUUUUGGCACCCUUUGAAGAUUUAUAUUAGCGCUUAAUAGACGUCCGACGGAUCCGAUCGAGUGACUCCUCGAACGCUGCAAUCAAUCGUAUUUGGCUAGUUGCAUAUGAGCUGGUGGGAAACAGUGCGGACCGGUCGCCUGGGGGGCUUCCGGGCCGGGUGUCGGUAUAGUGUCGUUCACGUCCGGCCGCCGCGGACGCUCUUUGUAUUUGCUGAGCUUUAGCGACACGCUUUUGCGACGAGUGCAGUGUGUGAGCGAUUAGCUUGUGUUCUUUCGUUUUACCCCGUCCGUUUAAUCUUUGGAUUAUCCACCGUCGGCAUUACCAAUAGAUAUAUCAUUAAAAAGAAGCAACGAAGACCUAUGUAGCGUACAUACGUAAUGAGCAACCUCUUUUGAACUUAUUAUUAUUAAGUAUUUGAAGAAUAAUAUGGAGUUUUCUGGUGAAGUUGUGACGAUAAAAAAAUGGGUGAAUGUACAAUUUUUCUUAAUAGCACCAUACAUUAGAAUAAUUUCACGUUUAGCUUAACCGUAUUUACUGUGGAUCAGUUUCUCGUUGGUGGUAUGUCUUAUUGGUAUAUUACCAAUCCCAUCACUGUUGAGUAUACGAAUAUGUUAUAUGCAAGCUAUAUGGAAUGAUUAAAAAAUACUUUUUUUAAUGAUAAUGUGAAAAAUAUUUUCGUUCUCAAUCAGUUAAUCCGCUUUCCAGCAUAUAUUAAUAUAAAAUACCUAUAAUAUAAUAUAUAUUGACGUUAAUGGAAUUGUAAUAUUGUUCUGUAAUGAAGUAAGACCAUGAACCAUUUUCAUUUUUUUUUAAUAUAAAACAAAUUAUCUGCCUUUAUAAACAUGACAACGUUUUCAAAUCCAUAUAUCCUAAAUGUCUAAAUUGUUCUAAUUCUUUGCUUAUCGUAUCGUAUAUUUGACAUAAGCUAUUUAAGUAUUUAAUUAUUCAAUUUUCAAAGACAAAAGAUAAAUAAAGUGAUUGUAUGGAAGUGUUUCUUUGAUCUGUGGGAGAGUGCUGGGUUAGGUUAGGUUGGAGCCACUGGCGAAAAGUAAGCUCGCGUGUAAUGUAUAAAUUUUAAAUAUUAUUGAUAAAUCUAGUGCCGAUAGAUAUUACUUGUUCCCAUUUUUUGAACAUACAUACUCUUGUAAUUAUAAAGCAUCGUCUGUAUUUCAUUGUUGCAAACAUUUGUAAAUAAAAUACUUUAUAUCGA